AUGACUGCAACGACCCAUUCGGAAUACAACAAGGAAACCGAAGCCUUGGACGUCGCGAGAGCAUUCCCUGAACGCAUUCGAGGCAAAACAAUCCUUGUGACUGGGGUGAACCGCAAGGGCAUUGGCUUCACAACCGCCCAAGCCUUUGCGUCCCAGUCUCCCGCUCAUCUUAUCAUCGCCGGACGUAAUCUGUCCAAGCUUCAAGAGUGUCUCGAUGAGCUCAAGCAACAAUGGCCGGGCGUCGACUAUCGCCUGUUGAUAGUGGACCUUUCCAGUCAGAAGGCUGUUCGAACUGCAGCCAAGGAGGUCCUCUCGUGGAACGAUGUGCCAUCAAUCGAUAUUGUGGUGAACAACGCCGCCGUCGCUGCCAUACCGGAGCGCACGAUCACUGAAGACGGGAUCGAGCUCAUCUUUGCCACAAACCAUAUCGGACACUUCUUGUUCACUUGUCUCAUCAUGCCAAAGCUCAUUGAAGCAGCAAAGUCCAAUAUGAAGGGAGCAACACGGAUAGUCAAUGUGAGCUCCGGUGCAGCCGAAUGCAACGGCAUCCGAUGGCACGACAUCAAUUUCAACAAAAAGUCCACAGAUCUUCCCGAGGAAGAACGCCCUAACGACAAGAUCCUCAAGAUGUGGGGAAUUCACAACUGGCCAGAAAUGUCGUACAUUCCGUUGGAGGCAUAUAUUCAGAGUAAAGCAGCCAAUGUACUGUUUGGCAUCGGACUUACAAAAAGGUUGUACGAGACCCACGGCAUACUGAGUGCUGGCGUCCAUCCUGGAGUGAUUGCAACGGAGCUGUCGAGGCAUUCAUCAGAAGAACAGAAGGAUGCCAUCGCCGCGAGGGCUCGAAAGGGGGAGUUUAAGUACAAAUCACUGGGUGCAGGGGCAGCAACGAGCCUGGUUGCCGCCGUAGAUCCUCAACUAGGCCCUGGCGAGAUUAGAGACGGCAAAGAGGGAUGGGGAGCAUAUCUGAAGGACUGUCAAAUCUCGCCCGAUGGGCAUCCUCGAGCAACAUCGAGCGAGGAGGCGGACAAGCUAUGGAAGCUGUCAGAAGACCUGGUGGGGGAAACGUUUUCCUGGUGA